AUGUCGGAGCUUCCUCGCUGAUUAACGCUGGGGCUCUGAGCACAGCUCCGUCAAAGGAAACAGAUUCUGCCGUAGUGCAAACGCUAUUUCUACACCACUUCUCUAGUACAGGAAAUAUGCUUUUAUUUAACCGUUGCAAGCUAACAACUCUUACAUAUCGAAGAGUUAAACGAAACGUAUUGUUUACUACACGGGACCCAGCUCAGCCACGUGCCGCCGCCCAUACGUUGCCGAGACACUCCCAUCCUGCCCGCAUCAAAGAUGGCGCCCGCCAUAUUAUUUCACCUGCGGGUCGGCCCACACCCAAGAUGUCCGCCGAGGCGUCUCCGGUGCCCUAAUCUCGCCAUCAUCCUUCCGGCGUCCGCGGAAGAGGCGACGCUCUAGCAGAUGUGAAGGCAAAUGGAGCGCUCGGAAGGAGGCGAGCAGAGCAGGCGGCGGCAGCAGCCUUGGGGGAGGCUGACCCGGCUGGGUGCUGAGGAGGCAGAGCCGCACGUCCUGCUGCUGAAGAGAGAGUGGACCAUCGGCAGGAAGAAAGGUUGUGACUUAUCUUUCCCUGGCAACAAGCUGGUGUCUGGAGAUCACUGUAAAAUCAUAGUGGAUGAAGAGUCUGGUCAGGUGUCAUUGGAAGAUACAAGUACUAAUGGAACAGUAAUUAAUAAACUGAAAGUGGUUAAGAAGCAGACGUACCCUUUACAAACUGGAGAUGUGAUCUAUGUUGUUUACAGAAAAAAUGAGCCAGAGAACAACGUUGCUUAUCUUUAUGAAUCCUUAAACGCAAAACAUGAUGCAACUCAAGAACCAGUAGCUGUAGAAGCUAAUGUAGAAAACCAAUGCCAUGUGACCAAAGAUACCUCAAGUACAGGAAGAAGUAAUGAUGAGAACCAAAUUACCUCAUCACCAUCAGCUACUCAGUCUUGCUAUGAGGAACCACAGCCAUCUACUUCUACAUCUAACCUCUUUAAUGCUUCUUCUACCUCUCUUAUUGAGUCUGCAUCUGUUGAACAGGAUAAUCCUUCUACAUCUGGAUCACAAUCCUCGCUCUUCACUCCUGUGCCUGCUUUGCCCAUCUUAGAAUCUGUGUGUCGAAGAGCACUUCGUGAUGAACAUGAAAAGCUGGAUGUGAAUGCUGAAGUUUCUGCAAUCACUUCAGAAAUCAGUGACAAAGAAAAUGCAGAAUUGGGUUCUCAAAAGACAGAGGAGGAAGAAGUUGUGGAACCUGCUAAAAAGAAACUAAAAGGAGAUGAAGGUGCUUGUCCAAAUCUUGCAGUAGCAGCUCCAAGUGAAUGUAUAAUUAAAAUUGGCUCUGAAGAUGCCAAAACAUCAAAUGUGAAACCAGAUAAGAUGGAAGAAACAUUAACUUGUAUUAUCUGCCAAGAAUUGCUGCAUGACUGUGUAAGUUUGCAGCCUUGUAUGCAUACUUUCUGUGCUGCCUGCUACUCAGGAUGGAUGGAAAGGUCUUCUCUAUGUCCAACUUGUCGUUGUCCAGUAGAACGUAUUUGUAAAAAUCACAUAUUGAACAACUUGGUUGAAGCUUAUCUGAUUCAGCAUCCAGAUAAAUGUCGUAAUGAAGAUGAUGUACGUAGCAUGGAUGCUAGAAACAAAAUUACUCAAGACAUGUUGCAACCUAAAGUGCGGAGGUCUUUUUCAGAUGAGGAAGGAAGUUCAGAAGAUUUACUGGAAUUGUCAGAUGUAGAUAGUGAAUCUUCAGAUAUCAGUCAGCCGUAUAUAGUAUGCAGACAGUGCCCAGGGUAUCGAAGACACUCUGUUCCAGCUGUGCCUGGCACGGGCCAGGAGACAGAAGCAGGAGGAAUGCAAGCACUGGGAGAUGCACCCUCCACGUCUGCCAACUUUCCUGCAGCUGUUCAGGAGUAUGUGUGUCCUGCUCAAGGAAGUCAUGUAAUAUGCACCUGCUGCUUUCAGCCAAUGCCUGACCGAAGAGCGGAGCGUGAACAGAAUCCUCAUGUUGCUCCUCAACAGUGUACUGUUUGUCUGCAGCCCUUCUGUCACUUAUACUGGGGCUGCACUCGGAUGGCAUGUUUUGGCUGUUUGGCACCAUUCUGUGAAAUAAACCUUGGUGACAAGUGUUUAGAUGGAGUCCUAAAUAACAACCACUAUGAGUCAGAUAUCCUGAAGGAUUACCUGGCAUCCAGGGGUUUGACGUGGAAGAAUAUGUUAAAUGAAAGUCUGUUAGCUCUUCAAAGAGGAGUUUUUAUGCUGUCAGAUUACAGAAUUACUGGGAACACAGUGCUUUGCUACUGUUGUGGCCUUCGCAGCUUUCGAGAACUUGCCUACCAGUACAGGCAAAAUAUUCCUGUUGCUGAACUGCCAGUGACUGUCACAUCACGUCCUGAUUGCUACUGGGGACGCAACUGCCGAACUCAGGUCAAAGCACAUCAUGCCAUGAAAUUCAAUCACAUUUGUGAACAAACGCGAUUCAAGAACUGAAUACUUGUAGUCUGUAGAGAGGGGACAAAAACUUGUCAUACUGCUUGUACAGUUUAAGAUUUCAGGGGAUCUUCUCAUUUCUCCCAUAGCAGGGAACCAAUAACUUCUGCAUCAGGUAAUCUGAAAUGAACUUCCUAAUUUGUAGAAUUUGACAACUGUAAAUGAAUGAGGUAGGUUUUUUUUUCCAAGAAAGUCCAGCAAGCAUUGCGUUCCAUUCUCAUGACUACAACGUCCCUGUGUCACUUUGCUGAAGAACACAAGCAGAAAUCACUCACACAGAAACCAGCCAUAUCUUGGGAAGGCCUAAGAAUAAGGAGUGUAUUUGCACUACUUGUGAAGAAACUAAGAAUAAUCCUUAAACUUAAAAAAAUAGAAAUGUUUUGUAUAAGUAUCUGAUGAUUAUUUCAAGAGCCAUUAAUAUUUAAGAAGGAAAUUGUCAGUGUAUAUUUGUAACUGCAUUUUGCGGUGGUCUGCUAUUUUGUCACUACUCAUGGCCUUUGGGCUAGAAAUACAUGAAUCUUCACUUUAGAAAAAAAAGAAAAA